UGCCUGUCGAGCGCACGGCGAGAGCCCGCGCCUCCUCCCCUCCGCGUGCCGGCGAGCCUUAUCGGCCGCCACCUCGCCGCCGCCGCCGCCGCCGCUUCCACCCGUCGUCGUCAACUCCGCUCACUGCCCCCCACCCACACCCAUGGCUCUGCUCCGCGCCGCCGCCGCCGGCCUCCUUCGCCGCCGCCGCGGCGCCCCGCUCCCCCUCUUCCUCUCCGCCCUCUCGCCGCCUCCGCCUACCCGGCAACCAUGCCCCAGCCCCGUUGCCCCAUACUUCACUCCAUUAUGCCGCCGCCGGAGCUGGUCGCAUCCGCCUGCCGUCUCUUCUCCUUCCUGCGUCGCCAGGGCGAUCCUGCUUCCCGCGACCUUCUCGAUCUACUCCCCCCUCUCUAGUUCCGCCUCCCCCGACGGCUCCGCGGAUGGGGAUCCCUCACCGCCGCCGCGCCCGUCCCCGGCGGCGGCGCCUCCGUCCUCGUGGGUGGACAGGUGGGUCCCGCAGCCGGCGCGCCCGUACGCCAUGCUUGCCCGCCUCGACAAGCCCAUCGGCACCUGGCUCCUCGCGUGGCCCUGCUUUUGGUCAAUCACAAUGGCAGCGAUGCCAGGGGAGCUGCCUGACCUGAGAAUGUCCACACUCUUCGGAUGUGGAGCCGUCCUUCUCAGAGGUGCCGGAUGCACGGUCAAUGAUCUUCUUGACCGAGACAUUGAUAACAAGGUUGAGCGUACCAAAAGCAGGCCUUUCGCUUCAGGUGUUCUAACCCCUAUGCAAGGAGUGGGCUUCCUUGGAUUCCAGCUUUUACUCGGAUUGGGCAUUCUUGUCCAACUAAACAACUAUAGUCGUAUUCUUGGGGCAUCUUCGCUUCUUUUGGUUUUCUCUUAUCCAUUGAUGAAGAGAUUCACAUUUUGGCCUCAGGCGUAUCUUGGCUUGACCUUCAAUUGGGGUGCUUUGUUAGGAUGGGCUGCCAUCAAAGGAAGUUUAGAUCCUGCCAUCAUCCUUCCACUGUAUACUGCUGGUGUAUGCUGGACACUCGUAUAUGAUACCAUAUAUGCACAUCAGGAUAAAGAAGAUGACCUCAAAGUAGGGGUCAAGUCCACAGCAUUAAGGUUUGGAGAUUCAACGAAGCAAUGGAUUAGUGGCUUCGGUGCUGCAUGCAUCGGUAGCUUAGCACUCAGUGGCUACAGUGCUGACCUUGCAUGGCCUUACUAUCCUUUUCUUGCUGCGGCAUCUGCGCAGUUAGCAUGGCAGAUUUCAACUGUUGAUUUAUCUGACCGCCAGGAUUGCAACAGGAAAUUUGUGUCCAAUAAAUGGUUUGGAGCUUUGGUAUUUGGUGGAGUUUUAUGUGGACGACUUGUAUCAUGAUAAAUAUUAGCCAUGAAUGCAUGAUGGUUCAUGGUAGUGUUUCUUUUUUUGUGGCAUUUCAUAGUUUUGAUAGAAUAGAAAGACUCUUGGUAAAAUAUAGGAUGGACAAACCUAGAAAGAAUUGGGAGUUGAUUCGGAUGGGGAGUUAGGGCUUAGGUUUCCUCUAUGGCUAGUUCCAAUUCCAUAUCAUGCCGUGCAUCGCAUUGCUCUAUUUAUUGGAUGGAAGCCCUUAUCCAAGUUGUCGACUGGUAUGACCUACUUUAUGCAUCAAGUUGCAGAAUGAAAUUCUGGUUUUCUGUUACACAGGUUAUUUCCUGAGCACUUCAUGACAAUGUUUUCCUAUCUUCCGUUCAAAAGAUAAACAAGAAACAUGACAAAUUAUUGAUGCAGAAUGCAUCAUUGUACAUUUAUGUAACUCUUCUGGUACAACGCCAAUUGGCCAACCAAUAGUCCUCAAGGUUGUAAUUCAGCUCAACGCCCAAUAUUACUUUUAGGGGGCUAAACUGUAAAUCGCGCUGCCCCCCCCCCCCCCCCCCCCCCCCCCCCCCCGUUGGUGGUUAAUGUGAUCCGAAUGUUAGGAAAAGAAAAAAUUCUUGUGAACAGUAUUCGUCCAAAAAUCCAACGAAAAUCCUGUAAUCAGAAUAGGUCCUUAAUAGCUCUGGAAUUUAUAAUUUAUUUCAUCUUUCUUGACUACAUUACAUGAGAUCUUCAUGGUGUUUCAUUCUACAAAAUUGCUUGGGCAGUUGUAAUGGAAGAGGAGCUGUAUAUCGGGCAACACUGCUUCAUAUAUAGCCAGCUGUCGUUGUGGAUUUUGACCAACCUUGGAAGAGAUCCCCAGUGUCAACAGAUGGCUAUGAUUCAUAAAAGAGGCACAUUGCCAAAUGAUUACAUGGUUGUAAGAGCACUGAGUUUUCAUAAGACCAACUUUUUUUUUCAGAAAAAGGAGAUCGUCCACUUAUGACUAUUUGAGUUGGCAUGUUGCCAUGCAUUGUAAGAACACUGGUUAAGCAAGAAGAAGCAAGUUUGCCAGAAACUUUAUCGAUGCUAACAGCGACCUUGAUCUGAUAGUGUUUUAUGCAGUACAUUACGAUGUGGUCAUUUUUAUAACAAGGUUAGUUACAGUGCAUUUAUUUAUGGUUUCUGUAUAAACUAUGGAGGGGUUUGGUUGAGAAUGGUAAUUCUCCAAUCUUCACAACCAAGCCUUUUCCGUUGCAUGUCCUUUGUCAUCUUGUCAGAAGCCUCCGUUGAACUGAUGACACCAAAGUGAGUAAGCGGGCAUGACUAGUGCGCCAUUGUCUAUUAAAUAUUUUAUAUAUGAAAUCAGCAAGGGACACAGUCGCUUUUCCAAGGUAUUUGUCUGUACAGUUAUUG